CGCUGAGGCUUGAGGCAUUCCGAAGGAUAACGGGAGCGUGACGAAGACGAAGCAACGAUGGCGUACUGUUUAUCGACUGGAAUUCUAUGUUUCAGAAUCAAUUCUUCUAAUGCUGCAUCGGCUUCACUCUCUCUACUCACAGGCUCGAGGACCAGAACCUCCUCUGUGUCGCUCAGUUCCAAAAACAGUCCCACGAUUCCGGCUGCGAAGCUGCUUCACUGUGCCUUUACUCCGUCUUCUCUUUGUUUAUCAUCCGCCUCUUCGUUUGCAGGGUUAGGAUUGGGUUUGAGCUUGAAUCAUCAUAGCUCAGGUUUCCCCAGAAACGAACGACGCCGCGGGGUCGUGGUUAGAGCUUCGAAAUAUAGGCUCUGUCAAACGAAGAGGCACAGGUCGAAGAAAUCGCUUGCUCGGACACAUGGCUUCCGCCACCGUAUGAGCACCACCAGAGGAAGAGCCGUCCUCAAGCGCAGGCGUGCCAAGGGGCGAUGGACUCUGUGCACCAAGACAAAUCCGAGCAGCGGGAAGCGCAUUUGAUUCUUGCUACAGACAUAGAUAUCCUUCUAGGUAUGCCCCGUAUAUUCGUUUUCUGUUUAUGCUCUUCCGAUCGAUCACAGUGCCUUAAUUUGGGUCCGAUUACGGAGCUUGUUGUUGCCAUCCAUGACUCUGAUGUGUUGUAACAUGACUUUCAUUUUCCGGAGAAAUGUAGUCGAGAGAAUACACCCGCCCUUUUCA